AUGGAUCCCGCGGCGCACAAACUACGCCGCGGCAUUAUGGACAUUAUUAUGAAAUUAUGCUUUGGCAGGGAUGUGAACUGCACCGGCGGAUCAAGGGAAUCGGCCGCCAUCGUCGACUCCAUGAUAACCCUGUCCCGCAGCUUCGCUCUGAUCAAGCAUUUCCCCAUCCUCGGGACUGCGAUGCAAUCGUUUCCCAGCCCAAUCCUGGCGCGUAUUCUCCCCGGCUUCGUCGACUUUCGCAAGGUGAGUUGUUGCCAAGAAAAACGGUCUUGGAUCCAGAUGCUUGGCCUAUUUGUGUCUGGCACGUCUGACAUGUUCGCCAAACUUCCGCAGCAAUGCGCUGCGUGGGUCGCCGAGGUCCGUGAGAGACAUCAAAACGGCGUAUGCAGAGACGAGUCUGGCCGGCAGACUGUCUUUGACGCGAUCCUCGAGGCCGAGCCCGAGCGCACAACUAAAGGGCUGGUGGACGAGGCUUUUUCCCUUGUUGUUGGGGCGCGGAGGCCACGGUGA